AUGGCCGGGCAGGGGCCGGACGCUGCGGCUGCAGGAGGGGACCGGCCAGACGCAGGCCCCGCGGUGGGGAACGGCAGCGCGGAGCCCCCCGGCAGCCCGACCCUCCCGGAGCAGGGCUGCGCCUGGAGCCCCCGCCCCGAGGGCGGCGAGGAGCCCCUGCGGCUGCCCACCUUCUCCCCGGCUGCCCAGGCCCGCGUGGCCGUCACCUUCGCCCUCUUCGCCCUCUCCGCCGGCUGCAACCUGGCGGUGCUGCGGGCGGCGGGGGGCCGGCGGGGCGCGCGGCGCUCCCACAUCCGCCUGCUGCUGCGGCACCUGGCCGCGGCCGACCUGCUGGUGACGGUGGCGGUGAUGCCGCUGGACGCCGUCUGGAACAUCACGCUGCAGUGGCGGGCGGGCGACCUGGCCUGCCGCCUCCUCAUGUACCUCCGGCUGCUGGCCAUGUACGCCUCCGCCUUCGUCACCGUCGUCAUCAGCCUGGACCGGCAGGCGGCCAUCCUGCACCCGCUGGCCAUCGCCCGCGCGCGCAGGAGGAACCGCGCCAUGCUCCGUGCCGCCUGGCUGCUCAGCGCCGCGCUCUCCCUGCCACAGCUCUUCCUCUUCCACACCAUCACCCUCCAGCCCCCGCACAACUUCACCCAGUGCACCACGCGGGGCAGCUUCCCCCAGCGCUGGCACGAGACCCUCUACAACAUGCUCAGCUUCACCUGCCUCUUCCUGCUGCCGCUGCUCAUCAUGGUCUGCUGCUACGCUCGCAUCCUCCUGGAGAUCUCCCGGCGCAUGGGCUCUGGCCUCUUCUCCUCCAGGGACGUGCCAUUGCGGUGCUCCGGGAACAACAUCCCACGGGCACGGCUGCGCAUGCUGAAGAUGAGCCUGGUCAUCGUCUCUUCCUUCAUCCUCUGCUGGACCCCCUACUACCUGCUGGGGCUGUGGUACUGGUUCUGCCCACGGGCCAUGCAGAAGAGGGUCUCGCCGUCCCUUACCCACAUCCUCUUCAUCUUCGGCCUCUUCAACGCCUGCCUGGACCCCAUCACCUACGGGCUCUUUACCAUCCCCUUCCGGAGGGGCUGCGGCUGCCCCUGCGGGCACAGCCCUGAGCCUGAGCCGCCCUCCCCGGCCACGGGCUCCUUCCACUGCUCGGCCUCGUCCCUGCGGGCCAGGCGGGGCGCUGGGGGUGCGCGGGGGCUGGGGCUGCCCGCUGGGGCUGGCUCCUGCCAAAGCAGCACCCUGUGA